AUGCCUGCGAAGCCUGUCGAAAUAAGAAAUCAAAGGCCGGUUUGCUCGCAGUGCGCUUCGUCUGGAGCAUCAUGUCGAUAUCCGCCUACCAACAAAAGAGGAAUUCCUUCUGGAUAUAUCGCGCUAGUCGAACAACGGCUCCUAGAGUCUGAGAUCGUCAUCUUCGAACUUCUCUCCACCUUGUACAAUUACAACCCCACAGUGCGGCAGCAUCGGCUAUCCUUUGAUGAGCGGCACAGUCUGGGAGAAUGGUCGAAGCAGCAAUCGAAGGCUAAGAAGGUGGAAGAAUGGACGAACUUCCCACUAGGUACAGACGAGCAACGACAGGCUUGGUGGCUCAAGAAACAGGACUCGAUUGGCAGAUGUGAAGGAAGCGAUGCAGGAAAUGUUGAUAGUCCAGCAACAAAUGCCUUUCUGGGAGUUCUUCCGGACGCAUCACCAAUAUCCGCUGGCUUUGAAGAGACACAACAACAGCAGCAGCAGCAGCAGCAGCAGAAAAGUAUGGAUACUCCAUUGCCGCUCGCUUCGACGGUAUCGGAAACGACCACAGUCUUACAGCAUCCAUGGACUUCACAAAUGGAUAGUCAGUCAGGCUCUGAUGCUGAUAAUUCGUUCCGAAGUUCUAGCAUGUCUGGUCCGCCUAUGAUGGAUGAGAGACCACAGUAUGCUACUGUGAAUAACUCUGUAAAUCAUGCGUCACCAGAGGCUCGACACUCAACAUCGGAUCGGUGGAGGAAGUACUUUUAG